AGUUAGAGCCGAGCAAAGGUGACAAUAUGGCUGGCUUCGGUGCAAUCAAAUGAUUUCUCCUCCUGCCAAAGUAAAAGCAGACCGAACAAGGUCGAUUAACGAUCAGUGUUCUCCUCUCUCUCAGGAUGGCUGCACCUAGACUGUUUUUGCUCUUAUGUGUCAUGGCGGCAUGUGCGAUGGCCGUGCCCCAGAGGAAGAACCAGCAGCCGACAGGGUCAAGGUCGAGGGCUCCUCCACCAAGGGCGCAGCAGCAACAGCAAGAGGACGACGAGCAGUUUUCGGACGAGUGUCCCGAGCCGAACGGAUUCUUCGCCGACGCAGAGCAGUGCGACAAGUACUACGCGUGUACUGAGGGUGUCAUUGAGGAGAAGUUGUGUCCCGACGGAAUGGUCUUCAACGACUUCAGCUCGCAGCACGAAAAGUGCGACCUUCCUUUUGGCAUUGACUGCUCCCAGAGGCCCAAACUCCAGACUCCUCAGCCUACCAUCAAUUGCCCUCGCAAGCACGGCUACUUUGCUCACUCAGACCCAAAGAUUUGCGACAAGUUCUACUACUGCGUCGAUGGCAUGUUCAACAUGAUCACCUGCCCUGAUGGCCUCGUGUACAGCGCCAAGACUGGAAUCUGCACCUGGCCCGACCAGGCUCAAAAGAAGCACUGCGCCUCUGAAGACAUUUUUAAUUUCUCCUGCCCCAAAACCAACGAGACUGGAAUGUCCAUCCACCCCAGGUACGCCGACCCUGACGACUGCCAGUUCUUCUACGUGUGCGUCAAUGGAGAAAUUCCUCGCAGAAACGGGUGCACCCUUGGAAAGGUCUUCAAUGACGCCACAAAGUCGUGCGACUCUGUGAAGAACGUGCCUGAAUGCAAGGACUGGUACAAGGGCAUUUUGACUGACGCUGAACUUGAACGUCUCGACAAGCCCAAGCCCAGACCCUCCGAGUCAGCAACCACCACCCCUGGCAAGAGGAACAGGAGGCCCCAGAGACCUGAGAGAACUCGCCCUCAGGAGAGCCGCGAGGAAGACGCAGCCUAACUUACUUAUGUAUUUCUAAUUUAAUAUAUGUGGCCUAUUUGUUUAGGGUGCGAGUUGCGCGCGUUGUAAUCUCUGUAUCGGACAGAUCUCUGCUUGUACUUUAUGAUUUUUUUUUUUUGUGCAGACUGUGUGUGAGAAAAUAAAAUUGGAAUGAUGUGGAAAAUUAAU